CAACUGCCAUCUGCGCACGAGCCAAGUACCGCGGCUUUGUUCCCGAUCUGACAUGCCGCCACAAAUGCUUAUCUUAUCCCGAGCUGCCGAAUCAACGACAACAACUCACCGAAUGACACAACCACUUCCGUCCAACCCCGUCACUUCCUCCAUCUCACCGUACAUAAAAGUAUAUCUCUCAUUAAUUGUUAUUAAGCAUUGAAAAGACUUGGUGACAUUCAAUUCUCACCUGGAUGAGAUUACUGCGAUUUUACUGAUUUCCUGAUUCAACUACCUUUGCUACGACAACCCAAACGAAAGGACAAACCGAUGUACCUCGUUUUUGCCUUGUCCUCUUACAUAAUAUGUCUUGCUGAAUAAUUCUUGAGUUCAGUUUCCCUCUUUUUCUCCUUGCACUCUGUUCACGCUUCACCACCAAUUACCACCAUAGGCAAGAUGGAUACAUCCGGUGAAGCCAACCCGGAUCUUGAGUCUUUCCGUGAGCAAUGGAGAGCAGAGGUCCGGGCUAGACGCCCAACAACCCAAGCCUCAUCAUCUUCCCAACAACAACCACAACCACAACAACCACAACAACAAACGACACUCUCCGCAGCAGAGCUUGCGGCAGAACAUCAUCUUCACCCCCGGAAACCCCCGCCAGCACCGGCCAAAAAGGUUGUUGCACCCCGUCAGGACUAUGAAGACGACUAUGUUCAACCGAGGUCUUUUGAUGCACCAAACGAUGGAGCUGCGGCCGCGUCCACGUCGGCACAAGGAGGAUGGACGGUGAACAAGACGAUGAAAGAUCCGGUCACGGCGCUUGAUCACUAUGAGAAAGCGGUGGAGAGGGAGGCGGCGGGUAGCUUGGGUGAUAGUCUGAAGCUGUACAGGAAGGCAUUCAGGAUGGAUGAUAGCGUGGAUCAGAAAUACAAAAACAAGUACUUUCCAAAACAAAAGGCCAAACCGCCUGCGGCGGCCCCUGUUACUGCUGGUGGUACUGAGAGUGCUGCCGCCGCGUCAACACCGGCGGAACAGCCGCAGACCAUGAAGGAGCUGAUCAACAGCUUUGCGGGGUUAGCCAUCGAGCCGGCCGGUCCUCCUGUAGAAGGAAUGCCACCGCCUCCGUGUCCCAUUGCGUCUCUUCCUGAAGAGCUUCUGGUUCACAUUAUGCGCGACGUGGCAAUCCUCGACGUUGCUGACUUUGCCCGUCUUGCGCAAGUUUGCAAGAGGUUCGCUUUCCUAGUCGCCACCGAAGAUCGAAUCUGGCGACGCAUCUGCUUGGGCGACGAGUUUGGGUUUGGUGGCAUGCACUACCACUGGCAGCGGCAACUUACUUGGGAACCGUUGACCGAGGAGGACCUUCUCACCGAAUUCGAGGAGCAAAUGCAAGCACAGGAGAAGGCCCGAGCAGAAAAAGCCGCGGAGCUCGACAAGGACGCCGCGGAUGAUGAUGAUGAAACCGCAGAGACCCCAGACGUCUCUCUACUGCUCCCCCUAACCCCCGAACAACGAGCAGAAAAGCACGCCGAAGAGUCGCGAGCCACCACCCUAGCCUUCUACAAGACCCUCUACAACUCCAGCUGGCUGCGCAUGUGGCGUCUCCGUCCCCGCAUCCGCUUCAACGGCUGCUACAUCAGCACCGUCAACUACAUCCGCACCGGCCAGGCCAACGCCAACGCCACCACCUGGGGCAGCCCCGUGCACAUCGUCACCUACUACCGCUACCUCCGCUUCUUCCGCGACGGCACCGCCAUCAGCCUGCUCACCACCGCCGAGCCCGCCGACGUCGUCUACCACCUCACCCGCGAGGCCGUGGCGCUGCAUGCCGGGAAAAAGGCUACGAACGCUAACAACGCCGUCCCUACACACCUCCCUAGCGUGCCGAUGCAGUACGCCCUCAAGGGCCGCUGGCGGCUGACUUCGGCGGCGGAUAACCCGGCUGCGCCGUUGAAUGAGAUCGAGGGCGAUUUGAUUGUUGAGACGGAGGGCGUGGGAAAGUAUAUCUACCGCUUGGAUUUGACGCUCAAGUCGGCGGGAAAGAUGGGGGCCAAGAAUAAUAAGCUUGUUUGGAGGGGGUUCUAUAACUAUGAUAGGAUGACGGAUGAUUGGGGCGAGUUUACGCUGAAGCAUGAUAAGCCGUUCUUUUUCAGUCGGGUUAAGAGUUAUGGGGUUUUGGGAGAGUAGAGUAGAGAGCUUGGGUUCGGGGCUGCUCUGUAAGAAUGCCGAGACUGGAAGGGUUUUGAUUUUGGAAUGAUAUGAUGUUCAUCCAGUUCAAGUUAGAUUGUUUGGCGGGCGGUUAUUGAUGGUAAAUGUAUCAAGAUUUUUGAGUAAUAAAGUGCAAAUAUUUCGUUAAAC